UCAAAAUUAUCUUUUAAACUUUAAAGUUUUAUACAAAAAAAAUGCUUCCAAACUGAUGACUAUGGAUUGAACGAUCCAUUGAAUCUGAAAAAACGCGUCUGAAAAUUGCGAGCGGACUGUAUAAUACGCUGGUUUGCUAUUUCGAUGCUCCCGGUGCAAAAACUUCUGAGCGGACUGUAUCGUACUGUCUGUUUACAUUUUGCCCCGACGGCCGUUACGUUUCUUACACAGAUUCCGGGACUUUUUGUCGCGCGUUACGUCGUUACGUGUUUAUGUUGCGGUCGCGCGCCCGUGCCCUCACUCACACUGUCUCCAUGCGUCGGGCGAGACGGACGUGUAUAGUGCGGUGCUCGUCGGUUCGCGAAUCUGAAAAUCGCUGUGAAAUCGUUCUCUCUCUCGUGUUGCAGUGGGUGCGACAAAGACGCGUCGUCGGUGCGCCGGUCAGUCGAAGCGUGUGUGUGUGUGUCGAUGAUGAAGACUGGAAGGAUGCGACUUGGUACGCGAACAGCAGGCUGCAGCAUCUCAACGUGAACAGAUUGAUUGACGACUUGACAUCAGGAUCGACCGGUCACCACUCCAGGGCGGCAGAGCGAUGUUGAAAAGGAAAGAGUGUGGAGACACUGGAAGGAUCUUCGAAUCAGCGGUACAAGGUAGGACACAUUACAAGUACAAAGCUCAAUCGUCGAAUUACACCCUCGUGUAUAUGUGUGUAUAUGUGUGCGAAUAUGGUUCUCGCGAUUCACCCUUUUGAAAUCUAAACCAACUACCGUCAGUUACACAACUGACUUGAAACCCGAGCGACAUCGCCACAGCGUUUCCCAAAUUUUGCAAAAAAAAAGAUUUGGUGAGCGCCGCUGGGUUGCCGUAGAAAUGCAAAGAGAGUAGUUGAAGCUUCUCGAUGUGUGGAUACACACGCGGCUCUCCGGCCGCGGUGAAACAAUUUAACGAAUGCACCUGAAAACAACGCAAACCUGGGAACGUCGUGCUGAAAGCGCGUCGCAACGGAACUGGAGAUCCAACGAAUUUUUCAUACAAAGCGGAAAGAGAAUGACAGAUUUAAAAGCCCAUACGGGGUCGGGUGGGUUCUCUCAGGAUCAUCGCUCUGAGAUCGGCGGGGGGGGUCCUUAUUUGCGACACGCUCAAUCACGUCGCUUAUCCGACGCGAAUUGCGCUCUUCCACGGGCAUGGCGGAGUGCAGAGCGGCAGGAGAGAGUGAGGGAGAGAGCACACCGACGCAAUAUCACACCGAGUCGUUCCAGCAUUUUCCCAAGCGCGCCCGCGAUCUCACUCGCUCGCUCGCGUGCGCUGUUAUUCUGCGCGGAGAUGUAUCCAGGACGAGAGAGAAUACGACCACUCUAAAACCGCCGGAUUUUCUCGUAAAAACCGCCCUUAAAGGUAGGUCCCGGUGGCAUUAGCGAAAUGUCGGUAAGAGCAGCGCCGGCGGACACUGCGCCACGAAUACGACGACGUCGACGAGGACGACGACGACAACGACGACGACGACGACGACGACGGUGUGACGGCGGUCACCGCCUCUUCUCUCGGUUUAAUGUCAAUCCUCAAAUGUCACGUAACCAUCCACUACUACCCGGUGUGUCCUUAUCGUCUGCGAGCUCUCCAGGGACUCCCGCGGCAAUAACGUUUCGACACGGCACAUUGUGCCACCCCCACCUCCCACCCCUGUGUCGCUCGCCCUAUU